AUGCCGUGGCCCCUUGCCAAGGCGCAGCUUAAUCCCGCUCCGUCUACAGCGAUAGAUCAGCGAUUGUCCAUGAACCACUACAAGUUUCUCCAUCUGUUCAAUAUCUUCAACCCAUCUAAUGCAGCACCUAUGUCUUCGGAGGAGAUAGGCGAUACGACCCGCCUCCUGCCAGACUCCAGCGAAUCCAGCACCUCUCAGAGAAGCCGGUGGUUGUUUGCACGAUUGAGCGCAGCCUUACUCUGGGGCGGCUUUGUCACGGCCAUAGAUGAAUCAUUUGUUCUCGCGCAAAAUGGACAGAUAGCGUCUCAGUUCUCUCAGUUUCGCAAUUCCAGCCUCUUGAUCAUCGUCUAUGCCAUCGUAAACACUGUCAGCAAUCCUCUACUAGGCAAACUAGCUCAGAAGCAGGCCAAGUCACAAGUUGUCAUCGCUAGCGCUCUUCUUUUCGGACUCGGCAAUGUUUUAUGCUCAAUUUCUGGCAGAUGGCCUCUCAUCGUGACCUCCAGAGGAAUUGUCGGCCUCGGAGGUGCAGGUCUGGGAUUGAUGGCCACAAUUCUUUGGAGCGAUACCCAAAGCCUCGCUGAUCUCGCAAUAUGGCACAGCUAUUCAGUCGUAGCUGAAACACUAGGAUGGGUUGCUGGUGGUCCGACUGGUGAGCUCCUGACAGAUGCGAGCAGUUGGAGAGUGAUGUUUGCCGUGCAAGCCUCCUGCACAGUACCGGUCCUCGCACUGGUCUUGUUUCCUCCUCGAUGCACAUGGCCAGGGCGACUUGAACCCACAAAGUCGGCAGACCUGGUUCCAGACCGUGGAACAGGGCGCUCCAGCUUCGAUGUCGUCGGCGCCUUUCUAUGCGUAUUUGUAUUCCUGCCGCCUAUCAUCGCACUUUCUUUGGGAGGCGAGCAUCUUCCUUGGCGGCAUCCAGUCAUCAUCUCACUGCUCUCCGUCACCGUCCCAGCAGUUGCUGCCUUUGUUUUAUGGGAGCUUCGGACUACCUGUGAACCGAUUAUUCCUGUCCGUCUCAUUUUCGGCAUCAAUUUGUCCCGGCCGUUUAUUUGCCUCCUGUUGCUGAUGAUUUCCCACAACUCAGUUCUCUUCUUGCUCCCAUUAUAUGCCCAAGUCGAAUACUUCGGAUUUGCCAGAUCCCACGGAAUUGUCGUAUCGGUCUUCAUGAUGUCCAUGACACUAGGGGCCGUCAUCGGCGCAAGAUUUGUAAAGCGAUACGGACCGAAUCUACCUCUGGUCGUGACGCUCUCUUUAUUGGCGAUAUGCUCUUGGGUUUUGUCACAGGGCCUAACCGCACCAAAUCAUUGGCUUUUCUUGCCUACAGUGGGCUUCGUUGGACUGUUAGCAGGCACGCCGCCUAAUUGCCUGCUUGUUUGUGUGAUACGAUUCAGUCCACCUCAAGAUCGGGCGGUUGUGAUCAGCAUGUUCCAGGUCUUUGAGGCAUUUGGGGGAGUUCUUGCCAUCACGAUCACGUCGACUUCCUUGCGCUUGCUUACCAUGGCCGAACUUCGGCAACGUAUCGGGACGGACCCGGCGUCUGAAAAGAUGUUCAAACACUUCUUGGAGGAUGUGGACUAUCUGGGUUCUGUUCCCAGCGACAUGCGAGAGGCUAUGCAAGCUGCGUACGGUGUUGCUGCGAGAAAAUGUUGCCUCAUCGCUUUGACCUCUUGCAUUGCUGCUGUCCUAAGUGCAGCUAUUUUGCCACGCCUGCAACUGUAUCCAGAGAACCUGCGGUCUGGCGAUGACCUCCAAGCAGAGGUUGCAUCGGACUCAGAGACAGAUCACAUCGACACAUAG